GUCAAUACUCUCUCUCUCUCUCUCUCUCCCCUCUCUGUCUUUUGGGAGGGCCUUGGCAUUACUAUCCCAUCAGACUAUGCAUGCAGAGUACAGAGAGACACACAUGGACAUGGAUGCCGCAUUAUUAUUUAACAUCCAGUCUUUGUUCCUUCACUUAACCGAUUACACCUACUUGUAGCUGCUGCUGCUGCCCGACUCGAUCAGUUUCAGCAUUUAUCUGGGUCGACUCAAUCAACUCCUUCUGCCCAAGACAAACAAAGCCCUUCACAAUUUCAACAUUUUUUCAUCUGCAUUUUUCGGACGCUUGUUAAUUUCAGGGAGGGUGUAGCUACCUGUUGAAAGUUGAUGAAUUCGACGACUCGGGGGAUUAACAAUAUACAAAUCAUGGAGAGGAGAGCAGAGUUCUGAGCUUCCUUCACGUGAAGCUUACGCUGCAAAAAAAUAACAAUUACAGAGAAAAUGUCCGGGAAACCAUGUCGAAUUGCCAAGCCCCACUGUUUUGGUGUCUCCCCAUUGAUCAGUACGCAGAGCUCGCCAAUGGGGCUUUUUGCACCUUAAUUGCUUCUCCUCCGCAGCUCGGAGUAGAGUAGUUUAGAAGUGCUUUUCUCAGAGCAAAAGUAGAGAACCAUUUCUUUGGGUUCAAGCUGUCGAAUCAAUCAAUGGUGCAGUUGCAGCAGCCGCAGCACAGCGAUCGAUUGAGUCAAAGAAAGCAGCUUCUGCUAAUAAUGCUAUUGCUACAUACAUAGUAACAUAGCUCACUCAAAUUUGACAAUAUGGUGUUAGAUCUUGAAGAUUUGCAAAGCGAUUGGGCAGAGACUGAGAAAGGAAAGUGAACUCAAACAGUUCAAAAUCUUUUCGCUUUUGAGAUUCAAAAAAGUUCCAUAUACAUACACACAUUUCAGAUUCUGAUUUCCGAGUUGUGUUUUCUCAGUCAGCAAAAUCCAAGUUCAAAUAUUGCAUUUUCAAGAUGUUGGCGGUCUGAAAAAUCGAUCCAAUCCGCAGAUUUUCAAAAAUGGUUUCUCAAAAAGGUGAAAUUUUUUUCUUAUUGCUGCCAUUGCUGUUUUGGGUUUUUCUGGGUUCGGCAAAAGCAGGGGAUGCGGAUGUUCUGUUGACUCUGAAAUCUACAAUCGACCCUCAAAACGCGCUGCCGUGGCGGCAGGGAAGCAACGUGUGCGAGUGGGAAGGCGUGAAGGAAUGCCUGAGAGGGAGAGUUACGAAGCUUGUGCUGGAGUAUUCGAACCUCACCGGAGUUCUGGAUCCCAAGAUCUUGAACCGGCUGGACCAGCUCCGAGUCCUCAGCUUCAAAGGCAACUCCCUCUCCGGCCAAAUCCCCGACCUCUCCGGCCUCCUCAACCUCAAAUCUCUCUUCCUAAACGACAACAACUUCACCGGCGUUUUCCCCUCUUCCAUUUCCGACCUCCACCGCCUCAAAGUCGUCGUCCUCGCCGGAAACAAAAUCUCCGGCGAAAUCCCAAUGUCGCUGCUCAGGCUCCGCCGCCUCUACGUCCUGUACUUGCAGGACAACAGGUUCACCGGUCCCAUUCCGCCGCUCAACCAGACCUCCCUCCGGUUCUUAAACGUGUCGAAUAACCAGCUAUCCGGGGAAAUUCCGGUAACCCCACCCUUGAUUCUGUUUAAUGCGUCGUCGUUUUUAGGGAACGUCGGUGUCUGCGGGGUGCAAAUUGACAAACCGUGCGGGGGCAUUAUCGGGUUUCCGCCGUCGAUCAGUCCCACCAGUCAACCGGGUUCAAAGUCAAAGUCCAAGCGCGGGAAACUGAUAAAGAUAAUCGCAGGGAGCGUGGGCGGGUUCAUGGUGGUCGUAAUCUGCUUAGUCGUGCUGUGGAUGGUUUGCCGGAGGAGUCGCAGCGGUGGUUGGGAGGUAAGCAGGAGCAAAGGCGGGGUUGUUGGGGGUGCUGAGCCGACAACAGGGAGAGGAGGAGGAGGAUCAGGGGAGGGGCCCGCAGGUCCGCCCAGUGGCAGUGAUGGUAAUAAUGGUGGGAAACAAGGGGGUUUUUCGUGGGAAGGUGAGGGGCUGGGGAGUUUGGUGUUCUGCGGAGCAGGGGAUCAGCAGAUGAGUUACAGCCUGGAGGAUCUGCUGAAGGCGUCGGCGGAGACGCUGGGGAGGGGCACGUUGGGAAGUACGUACAAGGCGGUGAUGGAAUCCGGGUUUAUCGUGACGGUGAAGCGGCUGAAGGACGCGAGGUACCCGAGGAUGGAGGAGUUUAGGAGACACGUGGACUUGCUAGGGAAGCUGAGGCACCCACACUUGGUCCCACUGAGGGCGUACUUCCAGGCUAAGGAGGAACGCCUGCUCGUAUACGAUUAUUUCCCCAAUGGCAGCCUCUUUUCACUUAUUCAUGGUUCAAGAACUUCAGGAGGCGGUAAGCCGCUUCACUGGACGUCAUGUCUUAAAAUAGCUGAGGACUUGGCGAGUGGAGUUGUUUAUAUCCACCAGAACCCCGGCUUAACUCAUGGAAACUUGAAAUCCUCAAACGUCUUGUUAGGUUCCGAUUUUGAAUCCUGCUUGACGGAUUAUGGUCUCACAUUGUUCGGAGAUCCUAAUUCACUCGAAGAACCUAGCGCAACCACUCUCUUUUAUAGAGCACCAGAAUGUCGCGACAUCAGAAAACCAUCAACCCAACCAGCUGAUGUGUAUAGCUUCGGCGUCCUCCUCUUGGAGCUCCUAACCGGAAAGACUCCCUUCCAAGACCUUGUCCAGGAACAUGGUUCGGACAUCCCUAGCUGGGUCCGCUCAGUGCGCGAAGAAGAGACUGAGUCAGGGGAUGACCCUGUCUCGGGAAAUGAGGUAUCAGAGGAGAAGCUGCAGGCACUUCUUAACAUUGCAAUGGCUUGUGUUUCGCUUUCACCGGAGAACCGACCGGCGAUGAGAGAUGUUCUAAGGAUGAUAAGGGAUGCUAGGGCGGAGGGCCAAGUGUCUUCCAACAGCAGUGAUCACUCGCCGGGGAGAUGGUCGGAUACCGUUCAGAGUCUGCCAAGGGAAGAACACUUGAGCAUUUGAUUGUGAGUGAUUAGUAAAGUAAUUAACGCGGCGGAUUAAAUUAAUCAUGUAUUCUGAUUCUUUAGGGAUUGAACCGAGAUUCUUGUACUACGCAUUGUAGAGUGCAGUACUUUGUGUAAAGGUUUUGCGAUUUAAUUCUUGUUUCUUGUUUUACGUA